UGAAUGGGACCUGCACCCUACGUAGCGCCCAGUAUGUCCACUAGAUGGCGAUUUGGCUUCCGUCCCGGACGCACGCUGUGACUGAGACGCUAACAUGGCGGCCUUGAGGAGGUGCUGCUCCAGUGUAGCUGCUGCUGCUGUCAAGAGCAAGGGGACGAGAUGGGAGAGACUGUGGGACAGCCGUGCAGGUGUGUGGUGCCGCAGUCUUCUGAAUGAUUACAAGGAGGCGUGCCGUGAAAUAUUUGUUGGAGCAUAUGAGCGCCCUUUGAAAGCCAGCCUUUACGCGGCUUUGCUCGGAGGCACCUACGCCUGUUGCUACACCAACCCGGAUGAAACUUCCUUCCAGGCACGGAUACUAGAGACCUCCAACCAGCUCGCCCUCCUCUCUCCGUGGAUCCGUAGCGGCACGUCUGACGGGCACGUGCAGAGCUUGGCCAAGCUGCGCAACGAGGGCCGUUUGCGACACAUCAGCCUGGGUAUCAUCUCAUUGGCAUACGAGGCCGACUACGACCCUGAGUCCAGCCUGUACGAGGCAAGGUGCUCUGCGCUUUACGUACCCUGGGCACAGUUGCGAGAGCGGGUGCUGGACGUAGGCUUUGCAGGCCGUUGGUGGGUGUUGAAAAAAAAAAUGGAGAACUAUGAUAUAAAUGAGGAGGAGUUCAAGUAUCUUCCGCCUGUCCUGCUGGCCACAGCCCCGCCUACGGUACAGGAGACCGAGAGAAACGAAAGACUGCACCAGGAGUCCUUGAAGGCACUGGUGAUUGAGGGAGAAGAAUAGAUGGGGGAGGGUAGCAGGUGAAGGAGAAGAGAGCAGUACACAACAGAACAUUUGGUAAUGUGAACAGUUCCUGAUUGAGACCUGUGGACAUGUCCUGUAUGGUCAAAUAAUUUGAUGUAUAAUGGCCUAAGAGGACGUUUCUGAAAUAUUUAUUGUGGUGAAACAUAAUGCUGUUUAUCCGUUUGUCUUGUGAGAAAAUGAAUCUUUGGAAUCUUUGA